AAUAUGUAUCUGCGCUCCCACGACUGGCUCGCUUUCCUAAAUUUGGCUCCGCAGCGGCGGCGGCGGGCAGGUUCGCUGACAGUCGGCGAGGUGGUCGGUCCGGAGAGGACGUCAACAACCACGGAGGCUGCUGGAGGACGUUAACCGACGAGGCGCCGCGGGGAGAGCCAGGCGUGGACGAGGCAGAGGGGGGUCACGACGUGCCACAAGUCACUGCCUCGUAGGGGACAUUCAGCAGAAAACACAGGAUCCAAGCUGUGCGCGCACAGGACGACGCGCUGGAGAUUUUCUUUCUGUUCUUUUUUCUUUUCUUUUUUUUUUUUUUGGAGAAGACUGGGGGCAACUCCUGCGUUGAGCUGAAUGGACUUUUGAAAUACUGCCCAACCAGAGAUCUGAGGAUGUGUUUGCUCUUCGUGGAACCGGCACAUACAGUCCGCAAAACGGCCACUGACUAACCUUUUACGCACGGGGGGGGGGGGGGAAGAUCCGUCCGCAUUUUUUUCUUCUUCUUCUUCUUCUUCUCGUGUUUAUGUGGAUGAACUUUUAAUAGAUUUUUAAAUGAUUCGAGAUCUGAGCAAGAUGUACCCGGCGGCACGGCAUCAGGUCCCCCACCAGCCGGGACAGCCGUUCAAGUUCACCGUCACCGAGUCCUGCGACCGGAUCAAGGAGGAGUUCCAGUUCCUGCAAGCCCAGUAUCACAGUCUGAAACUGGAGUGUGAGAAACUGGCCAGUGAGAAAACUGAGAUGCAGAGACACUACGUCAUGUACUAUGAAAUGUCAUAUGGACUCAACAUCGAGAUGCACAAGCAGGCGGAGAUCGUCAAGCGGCUGAACGCAAUCUGCGCCCAAGUCAUCCCCUUCCUCUCUCAAGAGCACCAGCAGCAGGUGGUGCAGGCGGUGGAAAGGGCCAAGCAGGUCACCAUGGCUGAACUCAACGCCGUCAUAGGACAGCAGCAGCUCCAGGCUCAGCACCUCACCCACGGCCACGCCAUCCCCGUCCCGCUCACGCCGCACCCGGCCGGCCUCCAGCCCCCGCUGCCCCCCGGGGCCAGCACCGCCAGCCUGCUGGCGCUCUCCUCCGCCCUGAGUCACCAGCUGCCGCUCAAAGACGAGAGGAAACACCACGACAGCAACAGCGAACACCCGAGAGACAGAGACUCAGUCAAGAGCUCAUCUGUGUCUCCCUCGGCCAGUUUCCGGGCGGGAGAGAAGCACCGGAGUUCGAGCGAUUACUCGUCUGACAGCAAAAAACAGAAGACGGAUGAGAAGGAGUUGGCCUCCACGCGCUAUGAAAGUGACGGAGAGAAGAGCGACGACAACUUGGUAGUGGACGUCUCCAACGAGGAUCCCGCGUCUCCGCGAGGAAGCCCCGCCCACUCUCCUCGGGAGAACGGGUUGGACAAGGGCCGCCUGUUGAAGAAGGACGCCCCCCUGAGCCCGUCCUCCGUUGCCUCCUCCAGCAGCACACCUUCCUCAAAGUCCAAAGAGAUUAAUUUGAAUGAGAAGUCCACAACGCCCGUGUCCAAGUCCAGCACGCCCACGUCCCGCUCCGACGCCCCAACACCCAGCAACACCUCCACCCCGGGCCUGAGGCCUGCACCCGCUAAACUGACAGGCGUCGAGACGCUGGUUCCCGGUCUCCGUACGCCCCUGGCAGUGCCCUGCUCGUACCCCGGGCCGUUUGGCAUGGUUCCUCACCCGGGUAUGAACGGAGAGCUGAGCGGAGCGGCAGCGGCCUACACCGGCCUGCACAACAUCUCCCCGCAGAUGAGCGCGGUGGCGGCCGCUGCGGUGGCAGCUUACGGACGCACACAAGUGGUGGGAUUUGAUCCUCACCACCACAUACGUGUCCCUGGCCUCCCUCCCAACCUGUCGGGAAUUCCCGGUGGAAAACCGGCCUAUUCCUUCCACGUGAGCGCCGAUGGACAAAUGCAGCCUGUGCCUUUUCCCCCGGACGCGCUGAUCGGCCCUGGCAUCCCGCGCCACGCGCGACAGAUCAAUACUCUCAGCCACGGGGAGGUGGUGUGCGCCGUCACCAUCAGUAACCCGACGCGACAUGUCUACACCGGGGGCAAGGGCUGCGUCAAGGUGUGGGACAUCAGUCACCCGGGCAACAAGACCCCUGUAUCCCAGCUGGACUGCCUUAACAGGGAUAACUACAUCCGAUCCUGUCGACUGCUUCCUGACGGGCGGACGCUCAUUGUCGGGGGCGAGGCGAGCACUCUGUCCAUCUGGGACUUGGCCACGCCCACUCCUCGGAUAAAGGCGGAACUGACGUCGUCGGCGCCGGCGUGCUACGCCCUGGCCAUCAGCCCCGACUCGAAGGUCUGCUUCUCCUGCUGCUCCGACGGAAACAUAGCCGUCUGGGAUCUUCACAACCAGACUCUGGUCAGGCAGUUCCAGGGCCACACCGAUGGGGCCAGUUGCAUUGACAUCUCUAACGAUGGGACCAAGCUGUGGACUGGAGGCCUGGAUAACACUGUCCGGUCCUGGGACCUGAGAGAGGGACGGCAGCUGCAACAGCAUGACUUCACCUCCCAGAUCUUCUCACUGGGAUACUGUCCGACGGGCGAGUGGCUGGCAGUAGGGAUGGAGAACAGUAAUGUGGAGGUCCUGCAUGUCACCAAACCGGACAAGUACCAGCUCCACCUGCAUGAGAGCUGUGUCCUCUCCCUCAGAUUUGCUCACUGUGGGAAGUGGUUUGUGAGCACAGGAAAAGAUAAUCUGCUCAACGCAUGGAGAACCCCAUAUGGAGCCAGCAUAUUCCAGUCAAAAGAGUCGUCCUCAGUGCUGAGCUGCGACAUCUCCAUAGACGAUAAGUACAUCGUGACGGGCUCCGGGGAUAAGAAAGCGACGGUCUACGAGGUCAUCUACUAGGAGGGCUGUGGCCAUCAAACGGCAAGGCCGUCCUUUCAUCCAGACCGCCUGCGACAUCUCCAACCCUGAAGUACUUUUGUCGAUGUGUAUGAAAUGGAUUUGGAUGGAAAGAAGUCUUUUCGUUGGGCCACGCCCUUUUUGACCACCUGGCUGGGUCGCGGAUCAAAACGAACAAGCAGAACCAAGCACAGAGAUGUUGUUUAUAUUGAUCGUCCAUGCGCACUAAAUCCUUACAUUCCUUCAUGUAACAUCUGACAUAUUUGGUUUUUUUAUCUCUCCAACAUGUACACGAGCAGCUGUGACAUCAUUCUUCACGUACAGUUUUGUUCUUUCUAUAUAUGGGGAGGCUUAAAAUGUUCAUAAAGCAGGCGGCAGAUCAGGGCCGGACCAUUCCAGAAUAUCUUCUUAGAGAACUUCUGUUUUUAACCAUGAAAUGAAGGGAUUGCGACGGUGUUAACGAGACUCUACGUCCUUGUUGGUGCCGUCUAUUCACCCGGAGUCUGCUGCCGAUCUGAAUUCACAUCCCGAUUUCUCGAGUGAGCUCAUUUGCCGCCCGCGGAUGCAUUGUGCGUCAAUUUGUGAGGAUUGCACAGUGCUCCGGAGGACACGGUACACUGACCGAGCGCAGGGUCAAGGACGGAGAGCGCGGAAACAGCUCUUAAGUCCCGUCCCCACGCUCGUUCAUAGUGUGUGUGUGUGUGUGUGUGUGUGUGUGUGUGUGUGUGCGCGCGCGCGCUCUCAUAUUAAAGACAGUCACCUGAUAGACACACGGGAGUGUUGGAGAAUGUGUUGUUGCAAGGAAAUGCAUGAGAGGCAUAUUGUGGAUAUUUGUGUAAUAUAUAUAUAUAUAUAUAUAUAUAUGGUGGACUAACAACAUUUAGCUCCUACAAGGACGUACAGAGCCCACAUAAUAAGAACAGGGGCACCGGCUUACAGCGAGGAAACCCAAACCACUCUCAUGUCUGUGCACUAAAUUCAUUUUACUCUUUUUUGAUUUACCUAUAUUUACAACGUCCGGCUAGCUCCCACCUGCUGCCUGCAGCUUCAUAUCUGAUGACAAACACGAGAGUGGUACUGAUCCUGUCGUCGAAAUCCUGACAGUAAUGCUAAAAGAUGUAUUUACCAAAUUGUUGAACGAUAUAGCCUACUCUUAAAUGCAGUUUGUGUCUGUUGCCUUUUUUUAUUUUCUGCCGGUGUUCUUAAAACUCUGUGUCUGUGUGCGUGUGCGUGCUUGCGUGCGUUUUGACCCUUCUUUGGCCGUUGAACAAGUAAACUGAGAAGUUUGCCCUCAGUGCCCUCACUUCAAACUGACCUUUGCACUUGGUUCUGCCGCUAAAGUUCCGCCUCCCUCCUCCGGAUGCUCUCUGGAUUCUGUCCGACUGAUUCCAGUAAAACAGUUUUUGGGUGCUGGGAGGCCGACGAGCCGCUUCCCGGCCCAGUUUUGUGCGAGGACUUUUGGUCCAUUUGUACUGAAAAGCCAGUGGUCAGCGAUAUGGUUGUGAUUUCCCUCGGAUUCGCUUCUGUUGGCUUGUAGAAUUUGAACACAGUGCCUUUACAUUGCUACGCUUCUGGCCGCUGGGCGUUCGACUCCACGAGGAGCUGAAGUGUGAUGGACUCGGCGGCUCUUAGCGGCGUCGUUUUUUGAGUGUACAUCUUGCAAAAUUUUAGGAUCGGUUAAUUCAAACUUCGUCAGUGAAGAAACAUGAAUGUUACAGCUCAGACCAUACAGUUUGCAUCAGUUGUCUGUUGUCCUCUUUGAAAUAUCCAGGACCAAAUGUGUGUCCUUGGGCCUUUGUCUCGCCUGCUGUGCUGAAAACAUGCACAUGAAAUACACUAUUCGUGACCACUGCUGUUUGGCUCUGAUUGUUUGAAGCAUGAUGCUGUUACCCUGAAGUUUUUGGAGUUAUGUUAUUCAUUAUUAUCCUCUGUUCUUCUUCCUGCUGCAAGCUCUGUUGCGUAGCUACACCACUACACCCAUGUGACUCAUCUACAAGUGGGCACUGCAUAUCCAAAAGCAAAGUAUAUACGCAGUAAUUUGCAGAGAUUUAAGUCCCGCCUAGAUUCCUAACCCUGUCCAGAACCACACAAACCUAAUGUCCACUAACCUCAAUCUUAACUUAUUCAGCCAUAUUGAAAUUUUCUUAGUGCACCCAACUGUCUGGAGGCUCAGUCUUUAACAUGAUGAAAUUUCAAAGAUGUGCCUGAAUCCCACCUCCUGGUUUAGGUUCUCAUCAUAACCAUCGUAUGAUCCAUAAUUUAACACCACUUUUUUUGUUUCUUUGUUUGUUUUUGAGACUAGCGGAGCAAUUUCUCACAGUACGUGUGCAAGCAGACUGCGAUCAUGUAUUUGCACAUUUUUAGAUUCAACUUCAAAUCCUUGGCCCAUUGUGAGUGCAAAGAAAGAAGAUGGCAAAUAAGGAAAUGGACGAAACUACAACUGAACAUGGGGAUGUUUCCAUAGGAGCAAGUGUUGAAUAUGAAUAAGAUUGAAUAUUUUAUAGCUCAUUUGUAAAACAAAAUGAUUUCAUGUUAUUGACAUCGACUCAGUUUCUCUCUCUUUUCACAUGCACCAUCUGAUGGUAAAAGACUAACGGGACAACUCACGUUUAAUGGUUUAGCUGGCUGUUGUUCUUUCCAAGCGGAUGAAAAGAGCACUCCUCGGGUCCACUGCUAAUCUGCCCGAGACCAACCUGCCUGUAGAUACAGAUAUUAACAUCACAUCUGACAGCCCCUUGCAGAAAACCAAUGUACAUCCGAGCAGAUUUUAAAAGGCCUGACACUGUAUUGCACUGGAAAGAAACGCUGUUGUUGUUGCUGCUGUUGUUGUUGUUUUUGAAUCCUCAUCGACCCUUUCUCCAAAUGUCUGGACAGUAUUUGUUUGUUGCAGAUGUGACACAGACAGAUCUGUACUUAGGAUUCAGAUUACAGGGCAGAGAUGUCUUUCAUACAUUUACUCAGUUUUAUGGGACACGACACACAUGUACAAAUAUGUACAGUACAACGUGCCGCAGUUGAAGAGACUACUGACAUUUAGUGCACUGGUGUUAAUGCAAUGGGACAUUUUUGCAGUGUGGCACACCUUAAAGAGAAAAACAUUCUAAUGGGUUUGCUACAGGAGAUGUGAUUUUGUCUUUCUUUCAACCACACACAGAGACACUGUACAUUCAAAAGACUGGUCUUGAUGGUUGUUGUUUUUUUUGACAGUGUUUGCCUUAUGCUGUGCUUUUUUUUCUUUUUAAAAAAAAAAAAAAAAAUCUGAAACAGU